CUCUCUUGAGACGACUGGCUUCUUCUACCUCUUCUCGGCCUGCCCAUCUUUCUUCACCCUUCUUUCUCUUCAAUUGACUUCCCGGUCCACCCGCAGUUCAUCAACGCCUUUGUAGAGCCUUCCACCCUCCUCACCAACCUUGGAACUUGUCCUUCACGCCCUUCUAACCACCACCAUUGCCGUCCGAGGCGCGUUUUGGAGGUCAAUCCGGUCCUUAGCCUUGAGGGCAUCUCCUUCACCACCUCGACUGCCGGCCAAUCGUUUCUCUCGGCCUAGUUUUGCUCGACAACUACACGGGCUUGCCUCAUUUACGCGCACGAUGGACUCGUCGGACGAUGAUAUGCCCCUCGCAGGCUCAAGGAAACCCAACGGAGUCACUUCACCGUUGUCUUCCGUAAAGAUACCCUCCAAGGUCGAUGCUGCAUUGGAUCGACAAAAUCCUACUAACGGCGACAUUUUGCCUGGGAUCUCCAUGGCAAACGGCGACGUGAAAGUGGAGGACACACCGAUGACGGGUACCAAUGGGAAUCUCACCAAUGGUGCGCUUGCUAAGCGCAAGGCACGAGAGAGCAACACACGCCCAUCUUAUGCCGAGGCAGAAAGUAGUGACGACGAUCAGCCCUUGAUCAAGAAGAGAAGGACAACUACAGCUGUAGAAUCCGACUCGGACGACACCCCUCUCCUGGCAAAGGCAAAAGCGAACGGCAAAAGUGUGCAGAAACCGCCUCGUGCCAGUGCUGCUCAGAUUGGCGAAUCCUCCGACUCGGACGUCCCGCUAGGGAAGAAACUGGCCAAAGAGAAACAAAAAAUAGAAAAGGCCGCGGAGAAAGAAGCCAAACAGAUCCGCAGCAAAGAAGUGAAGAAAGAAGCUGAUAAACCUACAAAGAAAGCUACACCAGCUAAAAAGGUGAAAAAGGAGGAAUCCUCAGACGAUGACAAACCUCUCGCUAAGCGGGCUUCAGCCGUCACAACAAAGAAGACCAAGUCCGAGUCAUCCACACCUGCGAAAAAGCCGACUUCGAAGGCGAAAGCGGUCAAAAAGGAAGAAACAGUCGACCCCGAGGAUGAGGAAGACGACGACGAAGAUGUUAAGUGGUGGGAAGACCCAACCAAAGGUGAUGGGACCAACAAGUGGGAGACCCUUGAGCACAAUGGCGUCGUUUUCCCGCCUCCUUACGAGCCGCUUCCUAAAAACGUCAAGCUGAAGUACGACGGCAUCCCUGUCAAUCUGCAUCCAGAAGCCGAAGAAGUUGCCACAUUUUUCGGUUCAAUGCUCAACUCUACACACAACGUGGAAAAUCCGACUUUCCAGAAGAAUUUCUUCACGGACUUCACUGAGUAUUUGAAGAAAACCGGUGGCGCUACAGACAAGGAUGGCAACAAAGUUGACAUCAAAGAGUUUGCCAAACUAGAUUUCAGAGCAAUUUUUGAGCAUUACGAUGCACAAAGAGAGGCAAAGAAGGCAUUGCCAGCUGCAGAAAAGAAGGCUAUCAAAGCUGCGAAAGACGCUGCUGAAGCUCCUUAUAUGUACUGCAUUUGGGAUGGCAAAAAACAGAAAGUCGGCAACUUCAGAGUUGAGCCUCCCGGCUUGUUCCGUGGUCGCGGUGAGCACCCGAAGACAGGAAAAGUGAAGACGAGAGUCAUGCCUGAACAGAUCACGAUCAACAUCGGCAAAGAAGCAACAGUGCCUGUACCACCUGAAGGUCAUAAAUGGAAAGCAGUCAAGCACGACAGAGAGGGUACUUGGCUUGCCAUGUGGCAAGAGAACAUCAAUGGUAAUUACAAAUACGUUAUGCUCGCUGCCAGCUCCGAUGUCAAAGGGCAAAGCGAUUACAAGAAGUUCGAAAAAGCUAGAGAGCUGAAGAAGCACAUCGACCGGAUCCGAAAGGAUUACAGGAAGGACUUGAAAUCGGAACUCAUGGCUGAUCGACAGAAAGCUACCGCCAUGUACCUCAUUGACCAGUUUGCUCUUCGUGCUGGCAAUGAGAAGGGUGAAGAUGAGGCUGAGACCGUUGGCUGCUGCUCUCUGAAGUACGAGCAUAUCACACUGCGAGCCCCUUGCACCGUCAUUUUUGACUUCCUGGGUAAAGACAGUAUCCGAUUUCACGAGGAAUUCGAAGUCGACCCACAAGUUUUCAAAAACCUCAAGAUCUUCAAGAAGGCACCGAAGAAGGAAAGUGACGAUAUUUUUGAUCGCUUGACCACCACUCAGCUCAAUAACCAUCUCAAGAGCUACAUGCCUGGUUUGACUGCCAAAGUCUUCCGUACCUACAAUGCCUCUUUCACCAUGUCAAAACUAUUAACUGAAAUGAAAUCCGAAGGCACAAUUCCGGAGAAGAUCAAAGAUUACAACGAUGCCAAUCGAAAAGUGGCCAUCCUUUGCAACCACAAGAGAACCGUCGCGGCGUCCCACGCCGGACAGAUGGAGAAGCUUGGAGACAGAUUAAAAGGGGUCAAGUAUCAGCAAUGGCGUAUUAAGCAGAUGAUGCUCGACCUCGAUCCAAAACUCAAGAAGAAGAAGGGUGCCGAAUAUUUCGAGCUGCCUGAUGACUUGGAUGAGGCGUGGAUUAUGGAACACCAAGCUUACCUGGUCGAAGAACAAAAGACCAAAAUCACCAAGAAAUUCGAGAAGGAGAAUGAAAAGCUUAAGGAAGAAGGUCAGAAGCCGAUGAAACAUUCCGAGCUGGAAGAACGACUUCAAGCCGCCAAAGACCUAGAGAAGAAAUACAAGAAGGAGAACAAGACAAAGAAGGUCGAGGCCGAAGGCAAGUCGCCUUCGUUAGAAAAACUGGAGGAGAAUAUCAAGAAGUUGGACCAGAGAAUUGCCAACAUGGAAAUCCAGGCAGAGGACCGGGAGAACAAUAAAGAGGUGGCACUGGGAACUUCCAAGAUCAACUACAUUGACCCACGUUUGACUGUCGUCUUCAGCAAGAAAUUCGACGUUCCCAUCGAAAAAUUCUUCUCUAAGACGUUGCGCGAGAAGUUCGAAUGGGCCAUCAAAUCUGUGCAUGAAAACUGGACUUUCUAGCCAACCUCUUGGGCAGACACUUUACCACCUUCAGGGUAUUUGCUUCGACUGAUCGUGGACGACGGUCAAGCUUGACUCUUAGGCUUUGUCCAUGACUGGACAAGUCUCAAUGCGAUCUCACCAUCAAAAGAAUAUCGUUGCUUUUGAGACAUCUUUCGCAUCUACCCCCUCCGCCACAUACACCAGCCCCCUGUUCGAGACAUGCUCAUUACCCACGCCCCAGCAAGGAGUUCACCUUGACUGACGGCUCUCGAUCCCGCACGGCUUCGCAUCAUGGUUAGAUUUGUCCACUGCAUCCGAGAAGUCGCCGUGCCCUCUCACGACAGGACAAGUGGAUGAUCGGCCCUUUGCACCGCUGGGUGCCGCUCUACUGCAUGACCAGGAAGGUUGGACAGUCUUAGCGGUCUACAUGGCCAGGCGUUGUGCUGAGCGACCCAUCGAGAGCUGAGGGAUGUUCAUCAUGUCCCGAUUUCACUGCAUAUCAAAGCAUAGCAUAGCGUAGCAUUUUUGGCCACAUCAGAACGGUAGACAGACAUAACAGCUCAGCGCUAGAAUACAAAAGACGAAACAUUGCAAAUCCAGAAGGCGAGUCCAUAAUAGUGUUGAGGAAAGAAU